CUCUCUCUCCCUCUCUCUCUCUCUGCCUCUCAGCCGCCUCUCUUCUCUCUACUUUGUCUUCUCCCUUCUCUCUCUUUUCCACUACUAUUUAAUCCUCUUCUCAUUGCUUACACAUUUUUUCAAAAAACACACUCUUUCUCUGUUUCUUUGUAACUGUAAGUCUAAAACCAAAGCCAAACCGCACUACUCUGUUCAAGCUGGCGAUCGAGAAUCAGGAAACCACAGUCCGCGAAAUCAAGCCCAAGAAUAGGAGAAUCAUGGGUCCGGAUGAAGAUGACAACAGGUGGCCUCCAUGGCUUAAGCCAUUGUUGAGAGAGAGAUUCUUUGUUCAAUGCAAGUUACAUGCUGAUUCUCACAAGAGUGAAUGUAAUAUGUACUGUUUGGAUUGUAUGAAUGGCGCCUUUUGCUCUCUCUGCUUAGCUUACCAUAAGGAUCAUCGUGCUAUUCAGAUAAGGAGAUCUUCAUACCAUGAUGUGAUAAGGGUUUCUGAAAUACAGAAAGUGCUCGACAUUUCUGGAGUUCAAACUUAUGUCAUAAACAGUGCAAGGGUCGUGUUCUUGAAUGAGAGGCGUCAGCCUAGGCCUGGCAAAGGUGUAACCAACAACUGUGAGGUCUGUGAAAGGAGCCUUCUUGACUCCUUCCGGUUCUGCUCUCUCGGCUGCAAGAUUGUUGGAACAUCGAAGAAUUUCGAGAAGAAAAGAAAGAAUCGACUUGCAAUGGGGUCGGAUUCUGAGGACUCAUACAGCAGCAGCAGCCAUGGCAAGCACAAGAACAGUAGCAGCAACAACAAAAACAACAAAGUUCAAAGCUUCUCGCCAUCAACGCCACCUCCAACUGCUGGUAGUUUCCGAACUGGCAAUCGAAGAAAGGGAAUCCCCCACCGAGCCCCCAUGGGGGGAUUAUUCAUAGAAUACUAGUGUCAUUAUUAGUCCCUCAGUUAUACAAGUUAGUAGUUUAACAGUGCUUCUACUACUGCUUAGUUUUCUUUAGCGUUCCCUGUACAUAGAAGCAGCAAACAGAAGCUUGGAAAAUAGGAGGGGGGAAAUGGAAAUUAAGACAAAAUAUGGAAGGCUUGAUGGUAAUAAGUGAAAGGUGCUCUAUACUUAAGUUUUGGUAAUAGUUGUGGGUUGGGAUGUAAAUAGAGAAAAGAUAGUGGAUGUAUUUAUAUAUGGAAAUGAAAUAAGACAACUAUAUCUUUGUUGUUA